CUCCAGCGCGCGCCCCGCGCCAGGGACUAGGCUGGAGUCGCUCGUGCUGCUCGCAGAGAGGCAGCUGGGCGUCCAGAGCCGUGGUCACUACGCGCAGCUGGCAGGGAGUCUCUCCUGGCCACGCACUUGCCUCCUCUGGGGCCUCCAGGAGUCUCUUGGCGCUCACUUUGCCAGCCCGGCCCCAGCAGGCGCCACCGGCCUUGGCCUGGACUGCGUUUGCCGCUACUCGCUGUGUGGGACAGAGGGACGCCCGCCCCGUCACGUGUGUCCAAGUCCUCCGCCAGCCGGGGCAGCGUGGUUCCCAUGGUUCAAGGCUGUUGAUGGAGAAGUGGGCGGAUGACAGCCGGGACUGUGGUCAUCACUGGGGGCAUCUUGGCAACUGUGAUUCUGCUCUGUAUCAUCGCUGUUCUGUGCUACUGUCGGCUUCAGUAUUACUGCUGCAAGAAGGACGAAUCCGAGGAGGACGAGGAGGAACCCGACUUCGCUGUGCACUCCCACCUGCCACCCCUGCAUUCCAACCGCAACCUCGUGUUGACCAACGGGCCUGCUCUCUACCCAGCUGCCACCACCUCUUUCAGCCAAAAGUCCCCACAGGCCCGUGCCCUCUGCCGCAGCUGCUCCCACUACGAGCCGCCCACCUUCUUCCUGCAGGAGCCAGAGGACGAGGACUUUGAGGGUGUGCGCAACGGCGGGGGCCGCGUGGCCUACAAAAGCAUCAGCCAGGAAGAUGUGGAGCUGCAGUCUGCAAGCUUCGGGGGCCUACAGGCGCUCAACCCCAACCGCCUCUCUGCCAUGCGGGAGGCCUUUUCCCGAAGCCGUAGCGUAAGCACUGACGUGUGACAGGCCUCUAUCCUGCUGAGGCACCCAGCCCUGGGUCCUGAGAUCAUGACAGGAUACCCACGGCACACCCUGGCCCCAUCUCCAGACCUCUGCUCAGCCAGUCUUCCCUGUAUCCUUGUCCUAGGGGCUCCAGGAAUGAGGAACCCCUGGGCCCUCUACAAGGAUAAAGCCCAAUGAACCAGAUGUGGCAGCUGUGAGUAGGGACAGCUGGCACAAGAAGGGAGGCAGGGGACAGGAGGGUAAGGUAAGGCUGUUGGGCCCCAGGGGAAAUAAGAAAAUAGGAAAUAGGGCUCCUGGAAAUAGGGAGUGAGAAGAUGGACAAUGUCAACCCUAGCAAGCUGUCUGUCUCUGGCUUCAUGGUCUUCCCUGUCAGCCCCUCACCAGGCCUUGGACUUCCUCCUGCUUAAGGGAACAGUGGUCUUACUGGUUACCAGUGACCCUACAAGCAUGAACCUUCCUUAGAGACUGUGGACCAAAUAAAUAUUUUGUCCCUUCAUCCUGUCUCCCCUUUCCCAUCCUUCUCUCCACCUUCUCUUCAUUCCUUCCCUCAGCCUCUCUGUCUCACGCUCCUGAGCCUAGAUGCCUAGCAUCUAGUUUUAGAUGCCCAUUGCUCUGGCCUCCCUCAAGAUGGACCAGUCUCCCUGUAAGCAGGGAGCUUAGGAGUCCUCAGUGCAGACACUUUCUCUGCCCGACUACUGUUUGCUGAAGGAAAAGGCAGGCCUAGGCACAGAGGCCCCUGCUCUGGGAGGGGUAACACUAAAAUUUACACAUCCAGCACUUAGCCCUAAACCCAGACAAAUGACAGACACAUCCAGCUAGGUUCUGGAAGCACUGGAGGUGGCCCAGCUAGGCACUAGAGGUCUCGGGUGUCGACUUGCUGAUACUCUUAGGCAGGUCAUCUCAUCCAUGGGCUUGCCUCCCCAUGCAAGUACUUUGGGAGGAUGGGGAGACUGACUGCAGAAAGUCCUUUGAACUCUGUCCUCAGUGGGUACUGAGGUCCUUAGGGGAAGCUGAGCUAUAGACCAUCCACUUCCUGUUUCCUGCUCAGAAGGAGGCACCCCAGCCCAGCCAGCCAGAGCUUGCUGCCCCCGUAUGAAAGUCCUGUCUCUACCCAUGCUGCUCCAAGCCCUCAACUGUCUGAGAAAUUCGUGUCAGGUGACCAAGAUGCUCCAAGCCCAGGGCCCUAGCCAUCAGGAAUGCAGUUCUCCUGCUCCAAAAAGAGACACCAUUCUUGGCAGCAUAGUCUCAACUUCCUUUCCGCUCAGGCCCUGCCAUGGAGCUCCAGAUGGGAGCAAGUGUCCCAUGAAGGUGCCUUUCUGUAGGACAGUGGCCACCCCUGAGCCAGAUACCACAGCAGAGACCUCCACACUUAUUACAGGCAGCUGAACCACACUAGUGAGGAUCUGAUGUCUUUGGGAUUCUGAAUUCCUUCUUUUCUUUUUCCUGCCUUAGUUUGGUCUUGCUAGUGGAAUCCACCCUUAGACUCACAGAUGUCCCCAGCCUACUUCUUUCCCCUCUACUUCCUUUGUCCCAUUCCAUCCUGUGGCAUCUGUCCUUUGCAUUGCUUGGGGUAUGGUUGAGGUAGGGAGGGGUGCUCUGGGCUGUUCUGUCAUUGCCUCCUGUCCCCCCCCCUUUUUUUAACCUCCGCCAUCUCUGUAUAGAUCCAUAGACAUCUUCAAAGUGAAUUAAACAUCUGUCCCUACCACUCAACACCACCAUGGGACCUGCGAGAGACCCACACAGCACUCUGAAAAAAAGCAAAAGCCAAUAAAUUUGUUUCCCACAGCA